AAGCAAUGAUUACAGUUAUCUAAAUUAACGUUUUCGUUCUUUGCAACUAAACGCAAGCCUUCGUGUUCAGUUCAGGGAAUUAAGAAUACAUUUUAUUUAUUUAAAUCUAAAGAUUAACCGAAGUUUAUCUGAAGCUUUUAUUCUGUUGAUCUCUUCCGGUUAGCCUAGCCGUUAGCUUCGCUUAGCCACACCGGGAAGAAUCAGCUGUUUUCAGGCUCCAGCAUGGAGGACAUGUACAUUAAACCCGGCAACCAGGAGCAGGGCUGGAACGACCCCCCUCAGUUUUCGUAUGGGCUUCAGAUGGCCCACCGACCCCAGAGGAACCCCCUGAACAAGAGAGCAGUUGCAUCGACGAGCUCAGGUGCAGAAGUGCUGCCCACAGCCCCUCCAUCCUCCAAACCGAUGGCCCCACUUAUGUGUGGAAUAGCUCCGCCUCCUCUCCCAGCUCGACCUCCACCUAACGCCAUGGCAACGCCUCCUAUGCAUGUGGGACAAAUGAGAAGUCAGAGAGCGGCAGACAGCAGCCAAUCAGAGCCUGAUAUGGAGGCUGUGAUGUCAGUGCUGAACCAGGCACUCGAUGCAUGUAGAAGCUCUGUUAAAGGUCAGGUGUGUAAUGAAGUAGCCAAGAGGCUCCGCCUCCUCGAAGAUGGUUGGAGGUCAGGUAAACUAAGCCUACCUGUCACCAGACGCAUGGACACACUGUCCCAAGAGCUCCAGUCAGGUAACUGGGAUUCAGCUGAUGAGAUCCAUCGAUCCCUGAUGGUUGAUCAUGUGACCGAGGUCAGCCAGUGGAUGGUCGGCGUUAAACGGCUUAUCGCUGAAACUAGAAAUCUGAGUCCAGAACUCCUGAAACCGCUUCAAAGCUUAACAAGACCAGUCCAGGAGUCUGCUGAACCUGUUGAGGACUCUGUAAAACCAGACCAGGAGCUAGAAUUAGCCCAGGACCCUGAACCAGAGCUUUAAAGCCCAAACUCUGGGAUUUCUGGACUAAAGUCUGAAAAUUAAAGAAGAACCAUAAUAUCUCCAUGUCUAAAGCAGCAACCUUUAAAAUGGUAAAAAGCGUGAACUUGUACAGCACUUCAUCAAGUCCCCAGAGACCCCAAAGCUCUUCACUCUACAAUCAGCCAUCCACCCCUACAUCCACCCAGUCAUCCACCCCUAAAUCCACCCACCCAUCCACCCCUAAAUCCACCCAGUCAUCCAC